AGCAUAUACCGAGGAAGGAGGGGUUUUUUGGGGGUAAAGGAGGAACAGCACUUGAUCUCUGUCGGUGUGCUCUCUCACGGGCGCGCUCCGCUAGGAUCUCUCGGCUUGCCUCGCCGAUGCCAGUGAGGGAUCGAUAGGUAUUGCGUGGAUUUCGGGGAAGGAGGAGAAAUGGGGCAGGAUUCGCUGAUCUACAGCUUUGUUGCGCGGGGCACUGUGGUUCUCGCCGAGUACACGGGUUUCUCCGGUAACUUUAGCACCAUCGCCAUUCAGUGCCUCCAGAAGCUUCCCGCCAACAACAACAAGUUCACGUACACUUGCGACAAGCACACUUUCAACUAUCUGGUCGAGGAUGGAUUCACUUACAUGGUUGUGGCUGACGAGGACUUUGGAAGGCAGAUACCAUUCGCGUUCCUAGAGCGUGUCAAGGAGGACUUCAAGCGUCGCUAUGGGGGAGGAAAGGCUGACACUGCCAUUGCCAACAGCCUAGACAAGGAAUAUGGGCCGAAGCUCAAGGAACACAUGCAGUACUGCGUCACUCAUCCCGACGAGAUGAACAAGAUCGCCAAGAUCAAAGCCCAGGUCUCCGAGGUGAAAGGUAUCAUGAUGGACAACAUCGAGAAGGUGCUGGAUCGAGGCGAGAAGAUCGAGCUGCUCGUUGACAAAACCGACAAUCUGCGCUUCCAGGCUGACAACUUCAGACGUCAGGGAAGAGACCUUCGCCGGAAGAUGUGGCUGCAAAACAUGAAAGUGAAGCUGAUUGUUCUCGGGAUCGUCAUCGUGCUCAUCCUCAUCAUCUGGCUCUCGAUUUGUAAAGGAUUCAAAUGCAAGUGAAACAUCGAGUUCGUGGUAAGGGCCUAGGACAUCACUACUAUACGAAGAAAACGAUGAAAAAAAUCUCCCUAGAGUCGCUCUUAUAAUUUUUGUAUGGUUUUCGAGAGGGAAUGCGAUCUGAUUGAUUUGAAACUA